AUGCUCCCGGGAGGGCCGGCUUGUAUAACAUGCCGUGAAAAGUGUCGUAAAUGCGACCGUGCAAAACCUGUUUGUCAAAGAUGUAUCACCAAGGGCCUUAAGUGCAAAGGGUACCCGGAAAAAUUCCGCUUUGCAGGACUAGCAACCCGGGGCAAAUGGAAGAACCGGGUAGUCCCUACUGUGAGCCGUGACCACGCUGUCCCGAGUCAACUGGUCAACGUAACCGAUCAUCUCGAUACCACUCAUGGAGAGGUUAAUCCACAGGAGCAACAUGCUUCAACAUCAGACGAGGAUCGGAAUAUUGAACUACUGCCGAUUGUCGACACUCCUUGUCCACCGCCAGAAAGGCGAACCUCAGAGCUAGACAUCAUUCGUUCACUCGCAGAUCCACAACGACUAUGCUUCUCCCCCGAGGUUCGUGAAGCUGUAGCCACUUUAAGCGACUUGAAAUUUGAGCGGGUCAAUGGCUGCCCACGCGAGAUGUUCCUGAUAAUAGGCAACGUUAUGGAGCAUGCCAAGGCCCAUGCGACGGGCAAGAUAGAAACACCAGAAUACGAGCGACUCCUCAAUGCUUGCCGAUAUCAGUUCUACUCAUGGCGUUUGAAGGCUGACAGGUAUCCAAACGAUGAUCUGCGCUGGUCAGUAGUUGCCGAGGCAUUCCGUCAUGCAUGCAUACUGCAUACAUCUCGUUUGUUAGAUGCAACCCAGCCGGCUGAAGCGCAGAUAAUACAAAGUUCAGUGACAGCAAUCUUGGAUUCACUGGCCCAAAUCCCUGCAGACUGUCAUCUGAUUGAGUUGGUGGUCAUGCCACUUUUCAUGGCUGGGGCUGAUGCUUUGUCCCCGUACGCUCGACAUUAUGUCCUUCUGCGGUUCGACCAUGUCCGGGCUCAUGGUGGGGUGGGUAACCACAUGUCAAUUUCUCUGCUCAAAUCUGUUUGGGAUAGUCGAGAUAGACAGCCGGAAGAUGACAACAGCAAUAUUCCAUGGGUGUGGUUUACUCGCAACUCGGGAUCGGAGCGGCAACAUGACUAUCUUAUUAUAUAA